CACCGUCAUAGCCAUGAGUUUUUUAUUUAAGGCUGCUGCCGCACGCCGUGUUGCCUCCAAGUCGCCUGCUGCUGUGGCCAGAUCGUUUUCUGUCUCUGCUACUCAAUGUGAAAAGAAAUUGAACAAGUACUCUUCGAUUGUCACUGGUGAUCCCUCCCAGGGUGCUUCGCAAGCCAUGCUCUAUGCCACAGGUUUCGACGAUGCCGACUUCAACAGAGCCCAGAUCGGUGUGGGCUCAGUUUGGUGGUCAGGUAAUCCUUGCAACAUGCACUUGAUGGAGUUGAACAACAAGUGUACUGAAUCAGUCAACAGAGCUGGUUUGAAGGGAAUGCAAUUCAACUCGAUUGGUAUUUCCGAUGGGAUCACUAACGGAACUGAAGGAAUGAGAUACUCUCUUCAAUCUCGUGAAAUUAUUGCUGACUCGUUCGAAUCCAUGAUGCUUGGUCAAUUGUACGAUGGUAACAUUGCCAUUCCAUCCUGUGACAAGAAUAUGCCUGGUGUCUUGAUUGCUAUGGCCAGACACAACAGACCUUCUAUUAUGGUCUAUGGUGGUACAAUCUUGCCAGGUCAAACUACUUGCGGAACCAACAACCCAGCUAUCGCCGACAAAAUUGAUAUCAUCUCAGCUUUCCAGUCGUAUGGACAGUACUUGACCAAGUCCAUCACUAACGAAGAAAGAAAGGAUAUCGUUAGACACGCCUGUCCUGGUCCUGGUGCCUGUGGUGGUAUGUAUACUGCUAACACCAUGGCAUCUGCAGCUGAAUGUCUUGGUAUGUCUUUGCCCUAUUCAUCUUCGGCUCCAGCCGUCUCAAAGGAAAAGGAUGCUGAGUGUGCCAACAUCGGUCAAGCCAUCAAGCACUUGUUGGAGAUCGACUUGAAGCCCCGUGAUAUUUUGACUAAGAAAUCUUUCGAAAACGCUAUCGCUUAUAUCAUUGCUACUGGUGGAUCUACGAAUGCUGUAUUGCACUUAAUUGCCAUUGCUUCCUCAGCUGAUAUUGAUCUUACCGUAGAUGAUUUCCAGAGAAUCUCCGACUCCACUCCGUUGUUGGCAGACUUCAAGCCAUCGGGACAAUUCGUAAUGGCAGACUUACAGAAGUACGGUGGUACUCCAGCCGUGAUGAAAUUCUUGAUGAACGAAGGCUUCAUUGACGGAGACCAGUACACUGUCACUGGUAAGACCAUCAAGGAAAAUUUGGCUUCCGUCAAGGACUUGCCUGCUGAUCAGCCUAUCAUCAGACCAGUCAGCAACCCCUUGAAGACAAGCGGUCACUUGCAAAUCUUGAAGGGUUCCUUGGCUCCAGGUUCUGCUGUCGGUAAGAUCACCGGUAAGGAAGGUACCUACUUCAAGGGUAAGGCUCGUGUCUUUGAUGACGAAGGAGACUUCAUUGUCGCCUUGGAGAAGGGUGAGAUUAAGAAGGGUGAAAAGACCGUCUGUGUCAUCAGAUACGAAGGUCCAAAAGGAGGCCCCGGUAUGCCUGAAAUGUUGAAGCCUUCCUCGGCCUUGAUGGGUUAUGGUUUAGGUAAAGAUGUUGCUCUUUUGACAGACGGUAGGUUCUCUGGUGGAUCCCACGGCUUCUUGAUUGGGCACAUUGUUCCUGAAGCUGCUGAAGGUGGACCUAUCGGUUUGGUGUACGAUGGUGACGAAAUCGUCAUUGAUGCCGAAAACAACAAGAUCGACUUGUUAGUAGACGAAGCUGUGUUGGCUGAAAGAAGAAAGUUAUGGACUGCUCCUGAGCCAAGAUACACCAGGGGUACUUUGGCCAAGUACGCCAGAUUGGUCAGUGACGCUUCUGCUGGAUGCGUUACCGACUUGCCAAUAAAGAAUUAAUUAAUAAAACAAAAACAUGAUUUGAAGACCUGUUCGAUAUUCGCCAUAGAAAGGCACGUCGUUCAGUCAUUGCCUGUUCAAUUCUCCAACGACUAAUGAAGUAUACAAACUCUACUCUUUUUUUGCAUGUGUGUACCUGGAGGUAUACCUAAUUUAUUCAUCAUAUAUAUAUAAUACACUGUCCUCAUGAAAGGACCCUCAAG